AUGACGGAGGAAGACAUGUCCAGGAAGGACGGGAGGAAGCGAUGCCUGAGAUGCGGCGAAUUGUACCUGGACGAGGACAACUCGCCUGCCGCCUGCGCCUUUCAUGGCCAUAUCACAGGCGAGAAGGGGCUGUUUUCGCUGUCGCCGCCGCACCAGAUGAUCGACGGCGAGUGGAGAGACAAGAGCCGGGUCAUCAUCUACAGGUGGAACGACCGUGGAAACCGGCCCAACACCGGCCGCGCCAACUGGAAGGGGAGGUAGAGCCUGCGGUGCUGCCAGGAGCACGACGAGGAGGAAGCGCCACCGUGCCGUCGUGGACGUCACAUCUCCUACGACGAUGGCUUCACUUUCUUCUAG